AUGCCUCCCUUCACUUCAGCGUUCGGAGCGCAAAACAUUGCCCAAGAGAACAUUUCGCAGUCAGCAGAUCAUGCUCGCAUAGGUAUCAAUGGUUUUGGGCGGAUAGGUCGGAACUUGUUGCGAGCAUCAUUGCUUAGGAACGAUGUCUCCGUUGUAGCUAUCAACCACACUUGCUCUUCGAUUGAAGACGUUAUUCAUUUGCUCAUGCAUGACUCGACACACGGCGCUCUUGACAAGUUGAUGGGCCACAAAACGCAAAUCGAUAUCCUACCUAAUGGAAGCAUUGCGAUUGAUGGCCAGCAAAUUGCACUCAUGUCUGAGCGCAACUUGGAAAAAUUGGACUGGGCGAAACAUAGAGUAGACUACGUUGCCGAAUGCACUGGCAAGUUUCGGUCAACUGCUCUCGCGAGCAAACAUGUCACCACAGGGGGUGCGAAAAAAGUUUUGAUAUCAGCUCCAAGCCCGGAUGCGCCAAAUAUAGUCUAUAAAGUCAACUCAAAUAACUACUUGCGACUCUGCAAGGAAAACAUAGUCUAUUCUUGCGCUAGCUGUACUACAAAUUGUUUGGCUCCCAUCGCCAAAGUCCUUCAGCAUUCUUUUGGAAUUCAACACGCUUUCAUGACCACCGUACAUGCCUCGACGCAUUCUCAACAUGUUCUAGAUGGAUAUAGCACAAAGGAUAGGCGCUCAGGGCGCUCGAUAAUUGGAAAUAUCAUUCCAACCACUACUGGUGCAGCGAAAGCUAUAAAAACUGUGUUGCCCGAGCUGGCCGGUAAAGUCUCUGGUAUUUCAGUUCGGGUGCCAACAGCAAAUGUAUCUAUGGUGGACUUGACUGUCGAAACCGUACAGUCAACAUCUCUCGAGGAAAUAAUGAUCAAGUUCCGCACUUCGGCUCAACAGGAGCUAUCUGGUGUUCUCCAGGUUGAAGACGAGGAGUUAGUGAGCUUAGACUUUCUCGGCAACUCGUGUAGUGCAAUCAUUGAUUCAAAGGCUUCAGUUGAACUUAACCCCAAUUUCUUCAAGAUUAUUGCGUGGUAUGAUAAUGAAUGGGCUUACUGCUGUAGGCUUCUAGAUAUGCUAGUUUUUAUGAGUAGUCAAGAUCUCGUAAGCGGAUAG